GAUUCUGCAUCAGAAGCAUGUAAAAUAGAUUGUUUGGUCUAAAAUAGAAAACAGUGGCAAUGUUUUGCUGAGUUUCCAGACCUUUCCCAACAUGGAACCAAUAACCUUCACAGCAAGGAAACAUCCGUUUCCUAGCGAGGUCUCGGUGGAAUUUAGCCUCCAGCUGGUAGGCUUCUUACCCGUGCAUUCUCUGACCACCAUGCCCAUGCUGUCUUGGGUCGUGGCAGAGGUGCGAAGGCUCAGCCGGCAGUCCGCCACAAAGGAGUCUGGUACCAAGCAAGUCCACCUUUGCAUUUCGCCCUCCGGACUGAGAUGUGAGCCUGAGCCAGGAAAAAGUCAACAAUGGGAUCCACUGAUCUGUUCCAGCAUCUUCGAGUGUCAGCCUCAGCGAGUUCACAAACUGAUUCAUAACAGUCACGACCCAAGUUAUUUUGCUUGUUUGAUUAAAGACGAUGAAGCCAAUCAGCAGAGUAUCUGCUAUGUGUUCAAAGCCGAUGGUCAAACAAAAGUGCCUGAGAUCAUCAGCUCCAUCCGGCAGGCCGGGAAGAUCGCCCGCCAGGACGAGCUCCGCUGCCCUUCCGAGUUCGAUGACACGUUCGCCAAGAAGUUCGAGGUGCUGUUCUGCGGCCGCGUGGCGGUGGCGCACAGGAAGGCCCCGCCCGCCCUGAUCGAUGAGUGCAUCGAGGGCUUCAGCCACGUGAGUGGCGGCGGCUUCUCCUCGGAUCAGUUCCGGGCGGCGCCGCAGCUGCCGGGGGACCGGGAGCGGGGCCCACGGCCGAUGCGCAAGUCCUUCUCCCAGCCCGGGCUGCGCUCCUUGGCCUUCAGGAAGGAGUUUCAGGAUGCAGGCCUGCGGAGUAGUAGUUUUUUCAGCUCCUUCGAGGAGAACGACAUCGAGAACCACCUGAUUAGUGGACACAAUAUUGUGCAGCCGACGGAUAUUGAGGAAAAUCGAACUAUGCUCUUCACGAUUGGUCAGUCUGAAGUUUACCUCAUCAGUCCUGACACCAAAAAAAUAGCGUUGGAGAAAAAUUUUAAGGAGAUAUCCUUUUGCUCUCAGGGUAUUAGACAUGUGGACCACUUUGGGUUUAUCUGCCGAGAGUCUUCGGGAGGUGGAGGCUUUCAUUUCGUCUGUUAUGUGUUUCAGUGCACAAAUGAAGCUCUGGUGGAUGAGAUCAUGAUGACCCUGAAGCAGGCCUUCACAGUGGCCGCAGUGCAGCAGACAGCGAAGGCGACGUCCCAGCUGUGUGAGGGCUGCCCCCUGCAGGGCCUGCACAAGCUCUGUGAGCGGAUUGAGGGAAUGAAUUCUUCCAAAACCAAACUAGAACUCCAGAAGCACCUGACAACAUUAACUAAUCAGGAGCAAGCAACUAUUUUUGAGGAGGUUCAGAAAUUGAGACCAAGAAAUGAGCAGCGAGAGAAUGAAUUGAUUGUUUCUUUCCUGAGAUGUUUAUAUGAAGAGAAACAAAAAGUUCACGUCCAUAUUGGGGAGAUAAAGCAGGCAUCACAGAUUGCAGCAGAGAAUAUUGGAAGUGAAUUACCAUCUAGUGCCACUCGAUUUAGGCUAGAUAUGCUGAAAAACAAAGCGAAGAGAUCUUUAACGGAGUCUUUAGAAAGUAUUUUGUCCCGGGGUAAUAAAGCCAGAGGCCUCCAGGAGCACUCCGCCAGUCUGGAUCUGGACAACUCCGUGUCUAGCACAUUAAGUAACACCAGCAAAGAGCCGUCUGUGUGUGAAAAGGAGGCCUUUCCCAUCUCUGAGAGCUCCUUCAGGCUCCUGGGCUCCUCGGAUGACCUGUCCAGUGACUCAGAGAGCCACGCCGCAGAAGAGCCAGCCCUGCUGUCACCCCAGCAGGGCUUCAGGAGGCGCGCCAACACUCUGAGUCACGUCCCCGUGGAAUGCCAGCAGCCUCUGCAGCAGGCACAGGGAUCUCCAGGGGUCUUGCAAAGGAAACUUGUGAGGUAUCACUCAGUGAGCACAGAGACGCCUCAUGAACGAAAGGACUUUGAGUCCAAAGCCAGCCAUCUUGGUGACGCCAGCGGGACCCCCGUAAAGACACGGAGACACUCAUGGAGGCAGCAGAUCUUCCUUCGAGUGGCCACCCCGCAGAAAGCCUGCGAUUCUCCCAGCAGACACGAAGAUUAUUCAGAGCUGGGAGAGCUUCCCCCACGAUCUCCUCUAGAACCAGUUUGUGAAGAUGGACCCUUUGGCCCUGUCCCAGAGGAAAAGAAAAGGACAUCUCGUGAACUUCGAGAGCUGUGGCAAAAGGCCAUUCUACAACAGAUACUGCUCCUCAGGAUGGAGAAGGAAAAUCAGAAGCUGCAAGCCUCUGAGAAUGAUUUGCUGAACAAGCGCCUGAAGCUUGAUUAUGAAGAAAUCACUCCUUGUCUUAAAGAAGUAACUACAGUGUGGGAAAAGAUGCUUACCACUCCAGGAAGAUCAAAACUUAAGUUUGACAUGGAAAAAAUGCACUCGGCUGUUGGGCAAGGUGUGCCGCGACAUCACCGGGGCGAAAUCUGGAAAUUCCUAGCAGAGCAAUACCACCUAAAACACCCGUUUCCCAGUAAACAGCAGCCAAAGGACACGCCAUACAAAGAGCUCUUAAAGCAGCUCACCUCCCACCAGCACGCCAUUCUCAUCGACCUCGGGCGAACCUUUCCAACACAUCCAUACUUCUCUGCUCAACUAGGAGCGGGGCAGCUGUCACUUUACAACAUUUUGAAGGCCUACUCGCUUCUAGACCAGGAAGUAGGCUAUUGCCAAGGUCUCAGCUUUGUAGCAGGCAUUCUGCUGCUUCACAUGGGCGAAGAAGAGGCAUUCACCACGCUCAGGUUUCUGAUGUUUGACAUGGGUCUGCGGAAACAGUAUCGGCCAGACAUGAUUACUUUACAGAUACAGAUGUACCAGCUCUCGAGGCUGCUCCACGACUACCACCGAGACCUGUACAAUCACCUGGAGGAGCACGAGAUCGGCCCCAGCCUCUACGCCGCGCCCUGGUUCCUCACAGUGUUCGCCUCGCAGUUCCCCCUGGGGUUCGUAGCCAGAGUCUUUGAUAUGAUCUUUCUUCAGGGAUCAGAGGUCAUAUUUAAAGUGGCUUUAAGUCUGUUGGGAAGCCAUAAGCCCUUGAUUCUGCAACAUGAAAACCUAGAAACUAUAGUUGACUUUAUAAAAAGCACGCUACCCAACCUGGGCUUGGUGCAGAUGGAAAAGACCAUCAGUCAGGUGUUUGUGAUGGACAUCUCUAAACAGUUACAAGCUUAUGAAGUUGAGUACCAUGUGCUUCAGGAAGAACUUAUCGAUUCCUCUCCUCUCAGUGACAACCAAAGAAUGGACAGAUUAGAGAAAACCAACAGCAGCUUACGCAAACAGAACCUUGACCUCCUCGAACAACUGCAGGUGGCUAAUGGGAGGAUCCAGAGCCUGGAAGCCACCAUUGAGAAGCUCCUGACCAGUGAAAGCAAGCUGAAGCAAGCGACCCUGGCCUUGGAGCUGGAGAGGUCAGCCCUGCUGCAGACAGUGGAGCGGCUCCAGGGGCAGAUGGCAGAGCUGGGUGGCCCGGAGCCUGACCCCGCACCGCCCGAGCCUGCGGACCACUGACGGCCGGAGCCCAGCCCCCGCCAGAGCACAGCUCCAGACGCGGGUCACCACCGCCCUGACACUGUCCAGGCCUUAACUGAGAGAGAUGAAGGUGUCGGAGGGAGAACGGAGCGUGAAGCGUGCUUCUCAGGGAGGAGACUGACUUGCCAGCGCGCGGAUUCUUCUGAACUAAGAUUUGCAGUGCAGGGGGCGAACGUCCUGGUGGUGUUGUCGCUGUUUAGGUUCUUACACGUCCCCUCUCCGGUCCCGGUUACUGUACUCAGUAGAUUUAGACGGCAUGGACUUGAAAUAAAGGCACCUUUGUGUUU